UUGUUUGAAGUGAACUGCUGCCUGGGACUGCCCUACAAGCUGCAAAGUCGCCAAGCAUUUGAUUUUAACAGUAUAUUCUUCACAAUUCCUCCUUAAUCUUUUAGUGCCUCUAUGCAUCGUCGAGACGAUGUUGGGCCAUCAUUAUCCAAAUACCGACAAGUCGCAACAACUGGUCAACUAUGUGGAGGAUUAUCUGGAAUGUGUGGAGUCCCUGCCUUUGGACAUACAAAGAAAUGUUUCUCUGCUCCGGGAAAUUGAUGCAAAGUAUCAAGAGGUCCUCAGGGAGGUGGAUGAAGUGUUUGAGAAGUACAAACGUGAGCAGGAUGGCGCUCAGAGGAAGCGGCUGCAGGUCCAGCUGCAGCGAGCGCUCAUCAGCAGCCAGGAGCUGGGCGACGAGAAGAUCCACGUGGUGACCCAGAUGACGGAGCUGGUGGAGAACCGCUCCCGCCAGAUGGACUCCCACUCCCUCUGCCUGCAGGAGCCCAGCGAGGAGGUGCGGCUCCCCACAGAGCGCCGUACCAGCAUACAAGAGCUGCCGGCCCCUGAACGCACCUCGGCACGCCGCCCUCGACGCCAGCGCAACAGCGAGAGCCGGGACUCCAGCCACCCGUCAGCCAACGGCUCUCUGGUGGACGACCAGGUGGAGGAGCUGUCCAUCCCCCCGCCCCGAGAGAAGAAGUCCAAGUCUGCCAAGAAGAAAAAGCGCAAGUCCAAACAGGAGCGAGACGCGUCCCCGGUGGACUUCGCCAUCGACCCCAACGAGCCCACCUACUGCCUCUGUGAGCAGGUGUCAUACGGGGAGAUGAUCGGUUGCGACAACGACCAGUGCCCCAUCGAGUGGUUCCACUUCUCCUGCGUGGGCCUGACCUACAAGCCCAAGGGCAAGUGGUACUGCCCCAAGUGCAGAGGGGACAACGAAAAGACCAUGGACAAAAGCCUAGACAAAAACAGAAAAGACCGCAGGUCCAGGUAGUGACCCCCCCCCCCCCCCCC